AUGGCUCUGCUCGGCUCACCUGCAGAGGUGGCAGUGGCGGCAGAGGGAAGGAGAAGAGAGGCAACCAGGGAACAGACAGAACAGUUUGAGAGCAAAGGCAGGAGGGUGAAGGCACCAGGCAGCUGCAGGAAAAUGGUGGUGCUGGGUCGGCAGGUGGAACAGGCAACAGCAGCAGUGCAGCAGGACGACAUCCUAAGAGCAAAGAGGAAGCAGUUCAUCCGUUCAGUGGGUGAAGUGACAAUAAAUGGCUUGCUGGAUGAACUUUUGGAGAAGAAAGUGCUGAACCAGGAAGAGAUGGAGAGAAUAAAACUGGAAAAUGACACUAUUAUGGAAAAGGCACGGGACCUGUGUGAUUCUGUCAUUCGGAAAGGUCCCAAGGCAUGUCAAAUCUUUAUUAAUUAUAUUUGUAAAGAAGACGUCUACCUGGCAAGAAAUAUAGGACUUUCUUAA